GAGUAGUAGUACUAUAUGAUAUAGUUGAUGCAAACUAAGUGCAGAGAGAGUAUAACAUAGGACACAGAAUCCAGAAAACAGGGUCUCUUGCAGAGUUUGAAGAACGCUGAGUGAGGCAAGAUGAGUUUUCUGUUCGGCAGUAGAAAAACUCCAGCAGAGCUUUUGAGGGAGAAUAAAAGGAUGCUAGAUAAGUCCAUUAGAGAAAUUAAAAGAGAAAGACAAGGCUUGCAGAAUCAAGAAAAGAAGUUGAUUGUAGAGAUCAAGAAGAAUGCUAAACAAGGACAGAUGGGGGCGGUGAGAGUGAUGGCCAAGGAUCUUAUCCGAACUCGCCAUCAGAUUGAAAAGUUUUACAAGCUUAAAUCCCAACUCCAGGGUGUUUCUUUGAGAAUUCAGACUCUAAAAUCUACCCAAGCGAUGGGAGAGGCUAUGAAAGGAGUAACUAAGGCAAUGGGUCAAAUGAAUAGGAGGAUGAAUUUGCCUUCCUUACAGAAGAUAAUGCAAGAGUUUGAACGGCAGAAUGAGAAGAUGGAACUGGUGUCUGAGGUGAUGGGAGAUGCAAUUGAUGAUGCUCUGGAAGGUGAUGAAGAGGAGGAAGAGACAGACGAGCUUGUCAAUCAGGUUCUUGAUGAGAUUGGAAUUGAUAUCAACUCUGAGCUUUUGCAUACCCCUGCAUCAACCUCGGUUGCUGCACCAGCCGCAAAGAGCAAGGUUGCUCAAGCUGAACCAACAGGCAAUGACGACAGUGGAAUAGAUGAUGAUCUACAAGCUAGGUUAGAUAACCUGAGAAAAAUGUAAUUGUACAAAGGUUUCGAGGAGAUGGUUUCAAAGAAGCAUGAAAUGGAAUUAGGCACUGUUAUUGUCUCAUUUUAUUAUCAGGUUUGAAGCUAUCUUGCAUGUGUAAAUAGUAAUGCUAAAAUUACAAAUUGACUUUCAUCAAUACAAGCACGGAAGAGUUGUUGUGAUAUA